CUUUGUUGGUCCAAAUGGAAUCUCAGUGGUAAUCUAUCCAACCCACAUCAUAUAGUAUACCACAAAAGUCUUGCCACCUCAAUCACGGUCAAUUUGCUGUCUGCAACUCUUUCCAACUCUUUCAGGUUCCAGCACCAAAAUUAACUCACCUUCUUAAGAUGAUCAUUGAACUGCUCCACUGUCACACACGCACAUAACAAACUUCAGACAUUCAUCCAGAUCUCAUCUCCCUCUUCCUUUUCUUCUUACUUAUUUCUACUUAUCCUCUUAAAGAAUUAUUUUUCGGGGACGAAGUUAGGAUUUUGAUUUCACUUUCUUGCACCCAAUUGGAUUUUGUUCAGAACCCAGUCAAUGAUUUAGUCAGUGUACUGCGAGGAAACUGUUUGUCUUGUUUAUAAUUUGAGAAACUAAGAUUCAAGUCGGUAAUUUGACAUUGAAUGUCUGGCGAAUUGAGAUUCUUUUAGACCGUAACUGAACAGUGAAAUUUGCAGUUUGGAUUUAUACUUUCAACUAAUAAAUGCCGAGGGGGAGAUCUGAUGGAUUGCAACAAAAGCAUUCACUUGCUUUCCUCAUCGUUGUGGCAAUUUUUCUGGGUUUUCUGUAUGUGUAUGGCGGAUCCAUCUUUGGUUCUCAGAAUAGUGGAUCAUCUGCUCUUGAAUAUGGCAGAUCUUUGAAAAGACUUGGCUCAUCAUAUUUAGGUGCAGAGGAUGAUAAUGAUGGCAAUCAAGAUGAAUCUUCGGCAACCAAUAUUGUCUUAAAGAGUUUCCCUGUUUGUGAUGAUCGUCAUUCGGAGUUGAUUCCAUGCUUAGAUAGACAUCUUAUCUAUCAAAUGAGGAUGAAGUUGGACCUGUCUGUAAUGGAGCACUAUGAGAGACAUUGUCCACCUGCAGAAAGGCGUUACAAUUGCUUAAUCCCUCCUCCAUCAGGAUACAAGGUCCCUAUUAAGUGGCCACAGAGCAGAGAUGAGGUGUGGAAAGCAAAUAUCCCACACACUCACCUUGCACAUGAGAAGUCUGACCAGAAUUGGAUGGUUGAAAAAGGUGACAAAAUAAUGUUCCCUGGAGGUGGAACUCAUUUCCACUAUGGAGCUGAUAAAUACAUUGCAUCAAUUGCAAAUAUGCUGAACUUUUCAAACAAUAAUCUAAACAAUGAAGGAAGAUUGCGGACAGUGCUUGAUGUUGGCUGCGGUGUUGCAAGUUUUGGAGCAUAUCUUCUAUCAUCCGAUAUCAUUGCAAUGUCCUUGGCACCAAAUGAUGUGCAUCAGAAUCAAAUUCAAUUUGCCCUAGAAAGAGGAAUUCCUGCAUAUCUUGGUAUCCUUGGAACUAAAAGACUCCCUUACCCCAGCCGGUCUUUUGAGCUUGUUCAUUGUUCUCGCUGUCGAAUUGAUUGGCUUCAAAGAGGUGGAAUUCUACUUCUUGAACUAGACCGAUUGCUGCGACCAGGAGGUUAUUUUGCAUACUCAUCUCCAGAGGCAUAUGCUCAGGAUGAAGAGAAUCUCAAGAUAUGGAAAGAAAUGAGUGAGCUUGUGGAGAGUAUGUGUUGGAAAAUAGCAGCAAAAAGGAACCAAACUGUUGUCUGGCAAAAACAUGGGACUAACGACUGCUAUAUGGAAAGAAAAACUGGUGCUCACCCUCCUCUUUGCCACCCUGAGGAUGACCCGGAUGCAGUUUGGGGAGUAAAUAUGAAAGCAUGCAUAACACCUUACAGUGACCAUGACAACAGAGCCGAGGGCAGUGGUUUAGCUGCAUGGCCUGCAAGAUUGACUACACCUCCUCCUAGACUAAGUGACUUUGGCUAUUCAAAUGAAAUGUUCGAAAAGGAUACGGAACUAUGGCAAAGGAGAGUUGCUAAGUACUGGGAUCUGUUGAGUCCGAAAAUUGCAUCAAACACUUUGAGGAACAUUAUGGAUAUGAAAGCAUACAUGGGUUCAUUUGCGGCAGCUCUUAUAGACAAGAAUGUUUGGGUUAUGAAUGUUGUGCCCAAUGUUGGAGUCAAUACACUUAAGCUCAUAUAUGACAGAGGUCUCAUAGGAUCUACUCAUGACUGGUGUGAAGCAUUCUCAACAUACCCCAGAACCUAUGAUUUACUUCAUGCAUGGAAUAUCUUGUCUGACAUAGAAAAGAGAGGUUGCAGUCUUGAGGAUCUAUUGCUUGAGAUGGAUCGUGUUCUUCGGCCCACUGGUUUCGUGAUCAUCCGGGAUAAACAGACAGUGAUUGAUUUUGUAAAGAAGUACCUAAGUGCUUUGCACUGGGAAGCAAUUGAUUCCAGUUCUGACUCUGUUCAGGAUGGUGAUGAAGUUGUUUUUAUCAUCCAGAAGAAACUGUGGCUGACUAGUGAAAGCUUUAGGGACGCAGAAUAAAUAGGACAACCAUUGCAUUUUCAUCUUCUUACAUAUUAUUAUCUGCUGCUGCAAGGGAUCAAAGCACUUCCCAAGUAGUGAAGUGGAGCAGUAAACAACUUCAUUUUGUAGCAUUACAUGUUCUUUUCCUUUCAUUUCAUUUCAUUUCAUUUCCCUCUUUUCAUUCUAAUUUUUGGGCGGAUGAUUAUUCAUGUGAUUAAGACAUACAUAGGCACGAAGCUUUUAUAGGCUAUUCAAAAUUUUGCCUGCAUUUGGGGGUUAUGUAAGUGUAAGCUAUAUAACAAUCAUGACAUAGUAGUCACUUAUAUAAGUUAUAUGAUUUAAUAUAUACACAUUUCUUGUC